AUGGAUGUGGUCGAUGGUUGUCGGGUGCCACCACGAAGUGCGGGUGUAAGUACCGCUGCCGGCGCGGUUGCCGCUACAGGUACUGGCGUUGUUGCCGGUGCGGUUGCUGACGUGGUUGCCGGUGCAGCGGCCAAUGCUGUUGCAACUACCGUCCUGGGCGCUGGUGUAGGCCCGUUGGGUGGCACAUUCGUAGCCGCCCGAGCGGUUGGCGUAUUUGGGACUGGCGUAUCUCUAUCCAUGAUCAAAAUUUACAUAUUUAUACAUGUUGGCUCAACUGGAAGAAAUAAUGAUUCUUACAUUUUUGAAGGUAGUUCCUUAAAGAAAUUUCAUGAAACCGCUGAUAUUUUUGCUCAGAGCAUCAAAAUGAUUGGAGAUGUUAACUUCCCCGUAUUACUUAUAGGCGAUUCAGCCUUUCGAUUGUCGCGUUACAUGAUGAAGCCUUUUCCAUACUCACCAAAUCAACCAGUGUUAGAAAAAACAUUUAACUAUCGUUUAUUCAAAUGUCGCAGAGUUAUAGAGAAUGCUUUCGGUCAACUAAAAGCUCGAUUUAGAAAAAUUGGCAGAGGUUUACCGGUAGCUCCAAAAAACGUUAACGUUACUAUACAUACAUGCUGCAUUUUGCACAAUUUUCUAAAAAUUGAAAAUGAUGAAAUUCCUUUUUCGUGGAUCCAAGAUGCUGCAGAAAUAAUUACAGAAAUUCAACCACAUCACACUACAAGAGCUGGGGAAAAUGAUGUAACAGCAUCGGCUAUUAUAAAUGCAACAGCUCUGAGUUUUCAUGAAGGUGAUGGUGAUGAUGACGGCAACGAAGGUGGCAGCGAACAUGAUGGUGAUGGCAUCGGACAUGAUUGUGAUGGCAGCGGACAUGGUGGCGAUGGCCAUGAAAUUAAAACAAAGAUAAUAAUUUUCGUUUAGAAGUCAAUGCAAAAUACUAAAAUUACUUACUUUUUAUCUUUAACCGUCGCUUUUCAAAAUAACUUUGUUUACAUUUAAACGUAAAACGGCU